AUGGAUAGUAAAGCAGUUUUCAGUCUUUGCCUCUUAUUGGUUAUUUCAGGUAUAUUUGUGCAAUCCGACAUAACCAUUAACUUCGACAAUGAAUGCUCAUUCUCGGUAUGGCUAUCAGCCAGCCCCUCCAUAGGCGACGCUGAUCCUGAGAGGGCACCAGGCACAUUGGAAAUAUUCUCCAUGCCAGAUACGUGGACUGGUAGCAUUUGGGUACGGACCAAGUGCUCCUACGAUGCUUCCAUGACUAAUUUUACUUGUGAGACCGGAGACUGUGGAUCUGGCUCAAUUGAUUGCCAAUCCCCACCACCAAAACCCCCUGUGACACUCCUCAAUUUUGGUAUCAACCAAAACGUGGUCUCUUAUGAAGUGAACCUGAACCAUGGGUUCAAUGUGCCAGUCCGGAUUAAGCCAGUAGGCGGCUCAUUGGUUGGAGGUUCCGGAUCAUGCCCCGUGGUAGACUGCAUCAAGGAUUUGAAAGAUGUAUGCCCUUCGCCCUUGGUUGCUCAAAACCAAAAUGGAGUUUAUGUGGGAUGCAAUAGUCCAUGCGAUGCAUUGAAAGAUCCCAAAUAUUGUUGCACUGGAGCCUUUACAGGGCAGGCUUGUCAGCCUAAUGAUUAUUCAAAAACAUUCAAGCAAGUUUGUCAGUUGGCACACACCUUUCCUGGAGAUAAUAAUCCUCCAAUCUACAAAUGUAGCGGGGCUACUUCUUACGAUGUUACAUUCUGUCCUUUAUAAGCUUGUCGAUUCAGCCAUGCUA